CGGCGAUCUCCGUCUCCGCCAGCACGACCACCUCCAUCGUCGCCUCUAUCUCCAUCUCCACCCCAAUCUCCAGCCUCCCGUCCCGCCGUCCCUCCUGCGACUUCCCGGCCAUGUCCGCCUCCGACGACCUCUUCUCGAAGCGCAAAUCUGAAGCUCCCGGCACCGUGCAUCUGCAGUCGCUCGACAAAAAGUUCAGGCUGGAUAUGGAUGCCCAUGUCGAGGAGCUCGGCGAGCUGCGGGUCCUCGAGUUUUUCUCGGGCAUCGGCGGGCUGCAUUACGGCCUCGAGCUUGCUGCAGCUAGCCUCGGCCGAGCCCUCAAACUCGUCGCCAGCUUCGACAUCAACGAGAACGCAAACAGCUGCUACGCUCAUAACUUUGGGAUCAAGCCCAGUGUGAUCGGAAUCGAGUUUCUCAACAAAGCCAAACUCGACUCGUUCAAGGCCAACUGCUGGCUGCUCUCGCCGCCCUGCCAACCCUACACGGCAGGUGGAAAGAUGCUGGACGACGAGGACAACCGCGCUGCAGGUCUCAUAAACCUCAUUGCCCAGCUCAAGGUCCUUGAGACGCCUCCACAGUAUUUCUUCCUCGAAAACGUUCCCAACUUUGAGGCGUCAAGGAGCCGAGAGCGCCUGGUCAACACCCUCGACGAUCUGGGGUACAAAAUCAGCGAGUUCCUGGUCUCCCCACUGCAGUUUGGCAUGUCCAACGACCGUCGACGCUACUAUCUGUGCGCAUCUCGAACGGGCUCACAUGCCAAAACUACUCGAUACAUUGACCAAGCCCAGAUCCACACCCAGUGGCCGAUUCCUGGGGUGUCGAUGAUCCAGAACUAUCCCGAGCCACCGAUGCUCAUGAGGUACCUCGAGGACCUGGCCGACCCAAGCCAGUACAUGGUUCCUCCCGAGUACAUUUUGAAGCGGAAGGGAUUCCGAUUUGAUAUCGUCCAGCCCACCGAUUCUCGCUGCUCGACCUUCACCAAGGCAUACGGAACCCACCACGUUGUUGGAUCAGGCUCCUUCCUGCAGACGCAAAACCUUGAGCAGACGUAUGACCUCAACGACCCCGAGGCACUCCUGACGCUCGGGCUGCGCUUCUUCACUCCAACAGAGGUGGCUCGGCUCCACUUCUUCCCCGUCGACCGCCCAAACACCCUGCACGAGUACGACGACCUGAUCGAGGCUGCCGAUUCGGUCGAGUCCCCCGUCGAGAUCGAGAAGCACACGCUCGACUUUCCGAGAAAGCUUUCGAUCCAGCAGCAGUGGAAGCUGCUUGGCAACUCGCUGAAUGUCAAAGUCGUAGGAACACUCAUGCGCGAUGUGAUGUUGAAGGGCAAGCAGGCUCAGAGCAAGCGGCAGUAGCGAUGACAGGACACUGGUAGCUGCUGAACCAUUUGGCUCUGCGAUGUUCAUGUUCUAGAAUGUUCGUGCUCUGAGGUGGCAGUGGCCUGGACAGCCGAGGUGCCACGACGACAACAGCAACGAUCGGCAGUGGAAGAAUUUGCCUGGAGAAACACUGCACCCUCCUCUCGCCCCACACUCUCCGACAUGGUGGGAGGGGGCUUAUAGAGCACCCGCUUUGAAAAGGCACACACCCUGUUUUGAACCAGAGCAGUUGAUUUUCUGGGAACUGAAUACACCCACGCACUCAUUGCAAUCAUGGCCAA